AAAAAACCCCUAUACAAACUCCACCCAUCCCACACCGUGUUCACCACCGCAGCCCACCAUCUUUCCACUAACACCGCCGCCCUUACUGCGCCAGUGUCCUCCUCCUCCUUCGACGCUGGCCCUCGUCGCCCUAAGAUGGAAGUCGACAAAAUCGAUGCCGUCGCCCCGCCAUCGAAAUCGUUCAUAGAGUUUGAAUCUCCGGCAACGCUAGAUUUCUGAAACAUAGCUGCCUCUUGGUUUGCUGCUUCUGUUGUUAAGCCCUGCCUCUGAAUAUUAACCAGAGAAUUUUCUUUGAAGAGGUUUGAUGGUUCUUUAUGUUUCUUUCUCAUGGUGUCCGUCGAUUUCUCAGAAACUACAAGCCCCUUUUUGCUUCCCAUAUUGAUCAGCAUUUUGUCUAUUGGAAGAAAAGUUCCAUCAAAUGGGUACAUUCCCUUCAACAAUUCAAACAAAAAAGACCCUUUCGUCAAAUUAACAAACACAUGAAAAAGCCUCUCAAACCUAUCGAGAAAAGAGAUUUGGACCAAAAAGUUUAUUCAAGGGAUACCAUUAGAAACAUAUCAAACAUAUUAAGGUAUUCAACUUGGGAUUCUGCCCAACAACAGCUAGAGAAGCUCACUAUAAGAUGGGAUUCUUAUACGGUCAAUCAAGUUCUCAAAACCCAUCCGCCAAUGGAAAAGGCCUGGCUGUUUUUCAAUUGGGCUUCUCGGCUAAAAGGUUUUAAACAUGACCAGUUUACUUGCACAACCAUGCUGGAUAUUUUCGGAGAAGCUAGGAGGAUAUCAUCAAUGAGGUAUGUUUUUGAGCAGAUGCAAGAGAAAGGGAUCAAGGUUGAUGUGGUUACUUAUACGUCACUUCUGCAUUGGUUUUCCAAUGAUGGGGACGUAGAUGGUGCAGUGAGGAUUUGGGAGGAGAUGAAAACUAGGUGUUGUGAUCCAACAGUUGUGUCUUUUACUGCUUACAUGAAGGUUCUAUUUGAUCACAACAGAGUGAAGGAGGCUACCAAGGUCUACAAGGAGAUGCUGCAAUCUGGUUGUUCUCCGAAUUGUUACACGUACACAGUUCUAAUGGAGCAUCUUGCUGGUUCUGGCAAAUACAAAGAAGUUCUUGAGAUUUUUAACAAAAUGCAAGAAGCUGGGGUUCAGCCUGAUAAAGCCACAUGUAAUAUUUUGGUUGAGAAAUGUUGCAAAACAAGGGAGACAUGGGCAAUGACCCAUAUUCUUCAGUAUAUGAAAGAAAACCGCUUCGUCCUUCGUUACCCCGUUUAUCUGGAAGCUCUUGAAACUUUAAAAGUUGCCAGUGAGAGUGAUGUUCUCCUCAGGCAAGUUAAUCCACAUUUUUCUAUCGAACGUGCCAACAAGGAUGAGAUAGAUGAUUGUAAUGCAAUUAGUACCGAUAUUGAAUCUGUUAUUGAUGGAAGACUUGUAUUACAUUUCUUGAGAAGGAAAAAUUUUGUUGCUGUUGACUACUUGCUUUCCUACAUGAUGGAUAAGAAUACUCGAUUGGACUCUAGGAUAAUCUCAACUGUCAUUGAGGUCAACAGUGCUCAUUGCAGACCAACUGGUGCUUUAUUGGCCUUUGAAUAUGGUGUGAAAAUGGGGCUAAGGAUUGAGAGAACUGCAUAUCUUGCCUUGAUCGGAGUCUUCAUCAGAACAAAUUCAUAUCCCAAAGUUAUGCACAUUGUUGAGGAAAUGAUUCGGGCUGAAAUUUCUCUUGGAACGUAUCUGGGUGCACUCUUAAUUUAUAGGCUUGGUUGUGUUAGAAAACCUGGCUCUUCUGCAAAGAUAUUUGAUUCAUUGCCCGAUGAGCAGAAGAACACGGCCACUUAUACUGCUUUAAUCGCUGCCUACUUCUCAUCAGGGAAUACCGAUAAAGGACUUAAAAUGUUCACGGAAAUGAAAAGGAAAGGGGUUCGUGCUGCACUGGGUACAUACAAUGUGCUAUUAUCGGGUCUUGAAAAAGGUGGCAGAGUUCACGAAGUGGAAUGUUUCAGAAGGGAAAAAAAGAACCUGCAAGGUGAUGGCCGUUUUGAAGACACAGUUCCAUUGGAGGAAAUGAUUUGUAAUCGCUUAUUUGCAGGGGAUGCAGUAUCUUGACAUAUAAGAUUGGACCGUAGUUUCAGAAAAGAGUUUUUGGUCACUAGAUGUAGCAGAAUGUGAGGAGGGCUAUCAAUCAAAACCGACUGUACUGUUUGUUUCAUGUAUUUUCUCUCCGAGUUUCAUCUGAUUGGAAAUUUUAGAGUUCUGGGCAUUAUUCAUUUCUAAAUUAUUCAAUUUUUGUAUAUCCUUGUUCUGGGCAAUAUCUCAUUCACAAUCAUCAUAAAUUCCUUGGAGUUCAGGCAAAAUGAUGCAAAUUGGAGGAGCACAAAUUAAUAGUUCCGACAAGCUCUUGGUAUAUCUGAAUUUUGACACUGCUGAAGAUAGCAUGCAAUUGUUGUGUGUGUUUUUGUGCUGCUUAUGUUAUGUAUGUCCCUUAUGGUUGAAGUUGACGUUAUUAGGCAAAAAAUUGAAGUACUGCAUGUUCUUUUGUUGGUGAA